CAUCUCCUUCUUCAACAUUAAAAGUGUUUCUCCUGGUGUGAAAAGGCCAAACAAGAGAGAGAAAUAGAGAAAAAAAAGUGAUCUUUGAAGAUGGGGAGAGGUAAGAUUGAGAUCAAGAGGAUUGAGAACUCAAGCAACAGGCAAGUCACCUACUCCAAAAGAAGAAAUGGGAUCAUGAAAAAAGCUAAGGAGAUCAGUGUUUUGUGCGAUGCUCAUGUUUCUGUCAUCAUCUUCGCCAACUCCGGCAAGAUGCACGAUUUCUGCAGCCCCUCCACUACGCUUGUUGACAUGUUGGAUCAGUACCACAAACUGUCUGGAAAGAGGCUCUGGGAUGCAAAACAUGAGCACUUGGACAAUGAAAUCAAUCGAAUCAAGAAAGAAAAUGACAGCAUGCAGAUUCAAUUGAGGCACCUGAAAGGAGAAGACAUAUCUAAUUUGAAUUACAAGGAGCUGAUGGUGUUGGAGGAAGCCCUUGAAAAUGGAAUUACAACUCUCAAAGCCAAACAGAUGGAGUUUGUGCGGAUGAUGAGGAAACAUAAUGAAAUGAUGGAGGAGGAGAACCAGAACCUUCUAUUCAAGCUGCGGCAGAUGCAUCUGGAUCCGAUGGAUGAUAACGUGAUGGAGGCGCAGGGCGUGUACGAUCAGCAAGUCGCAGACUAUGAAGCUCAGCAGCAGAUGCCCUUUGCCUUUCGCGUGCAGCCGAUGCAGCCCAAUCUGCAGGAGCGUUUCUAAGAGCUCCCUACUUACCUUAAAAUUUACAAAUAACUACACAACUUGGGAUUUUAGUUGAUGUUUGUGGAAGACUACUACUGUAAUGUAAUGUGUUAAUUUGUUGGUUGUCUAAGAGUGUGUUGUGAGUGGUGGUGGCUGUCUUGUUCAAGCCUAACUACACUAUUCUCUCCUAGUAUGUUGUUGUGACUUGUAAGAAGACUUUGUCAUGAACUAGUAGUGUGCUUUAUCAUGAGUUUGCAUAUCUAUUUGUGAU